AUGAAGCGGGUUGGCGAUGACGCACCAUUUACAGGUGUAAUACUUCCACAAGAGAUUUUGUUCAUGAACUUCGACCCUCGCCGUGGUCCUUGCUGUACUGUGGAGAAUUUCACUGUUGAAAUCUUGGGCACGCCCAAGUCCGCGUGGAAUGUCUCCGCUACCAAAGUAUUUGCUCGUGACUUUGUCGCCCACCAUCCCAACUCUCAAUACGACGCUGUCAAGAAAGCGUUUUCCACACAUUUAAGAUCUUUAAAGCGCGCUUUCAAGCAGGCAGGACUCGAUGAGGCGGCUUCGAAUGCGCGUCACAAAGAGGAUCGGAGAAAGGAACGCAAACAUUUGGUGUGUAUUCAUGGCAUGCUAUAUCACAGGCGUUUGGACAUUGCUCGUACAGUUUCAGACUUGCGAUCUCACAUCUCAAUGCUCACAAGGAUUGGUCCCGAUGGUAUGAGCAGCGACGAGACAGCAAAUGAGAAUAAUGUCCCCCAGUACCGCAUACUCGCAAGACACUGGCGCAGUCUGGAAGUCACUGCUUGGCUAUGUAUAUUCGAUGCGAUCUACCGUCACAAUCGAUAUGGCCCUGCGGGGACUGGUUCGCGGGGCAACAACGCUCGAAUGCGAUUCGAGUCCAUGUCUAUGGGUCACCCACAGAGGGCUGUCCGUCGACUUCCUCGUAAUGCUUACCGUGCUGAUUGGUAUGAUGGCCUCGAUCAGUAUGACCGGGAAGAACUUGACAGAUGCGAGGAUGAGGUUUAUGCCUUCACGCACGUUCCUAGCAUCCUACUGUAA